UUUUUUUUUUUUUUUUUUUUUCCGUCAACGCAACUCAAAAUCGGCAGGUUCUCCUCCUCCCGUCGUCUUCUUCUCCCCUCCUCCUCCUCCCCCUCCCUUCGUCUUCUUCUCGCCACCUUCUCCUCCUCCUUUCUCCUCCUCCUCCCUAAGUCUUCUUCUUCUUCUUCUGCUACUUCUUCUUCUUCUUCCGAUAUUUGAACUUGGUUUUUCCCUCGCUGGUUGUCCUUGCAUCCUCUACUUCCACGACACUAUGGCGGGCGGUGCCAGCGACAUUGGAGGGGGGAGUGGCGGGUCUGGACGAAGGAGGGGUAAAAGGGCAGCAGAAAAAGGAAAAGAAAAAGUUGCAAGCACCUCCGCUACACCCACAUCCAUAGUGACCUCCAAAGACCCCACGCCGGCAACGGACCCUUCGUUGUUCGUUCCACAAGACAAGGCGAGGCAGGACAAGUUGCAGAGGGAGAAGCCUGUGUGGAAGUACGCAAAACUGGGUCAAGAAGCCGGGGAGAAAGGGAGAGGCGAGUAUUGGGUGAGGUGUCGGUUGUGCAUGCAAAUUUGGAGGGGCACGAACUCAAGAGCGGUGGAACAUUACCUGAAGACGCAGAAGCCGUGUCCAUCGCACACAGGAGAAAUGGUGAAUGAGCGCGUCAAGUUCGGGGAGAAAGUGUUGUCGGGUGAUAAGAAUAUGCGGUACUUGCGGAAGAAUUACAGGCAUCUGCAGGGGAUUCCGGAAGGGGGGGUCGAUCAGACGGAGAAGGUCGACGAGGUGGUUGAAGUUCCCGCAUACCUUGAGCCACAACCACCGCCCACUGCGGGCAGGGCUGCUCCACCAUGUGAUGCAGGGGAUUUGCACAAGGAGAACACGUUGGAGGCGGCGGUGGGUGAGGCGUCGGGGUCGAACACUCGACUGUCCUCAUUGCAGCAGUCAACAAUAAAGAGGUGGGUGGACAACGAUGCGCAGAAGAAGCUGGACAUUGCAUGGGCGAAGGCCAUGUUUCAUGCUGGGAUCCCGUUCAACUUCCUGAACUUCGAUACCAACCAAAAACUCCAUGAACUAUACAUGCAGGUGGCAAAGUCAAGACCGGAGGUGAAACUGCCCUCCUUCAACCACAUGAGGACCGUCAUGUUGGACAUUGUGUACAUGCGAGUGCAGAAGACGGUGGAGCCGUUGACAACUUGUUGGGAUGUGAGCGGGUAUGUUGACAAGAGGACACCGUCAGAAUGGUGGGCAGCACACGGUGGCGACGUGCCCGAGUUGCAGAAGGUUGCAAUCAAGGUUAUGGGCAUGUGGAGCACCGCAUCAGCGGCAGAGAGGAACUGGGCUUCCAUGGACUUCAUCCAUUCCAAACGGAGGAACAAGCUGUCGCCAGAAAGGUUGGCGAAGCUAGUGUACAUACACUGGAACAUGCAGCUACUGCGUGUUCCGGAGACUAAGAACAACGGAUUUGUGUACUUGUGGUGUGCCUUCAUCGAGCCCGCCCCGGAGCCUGAAGAGAAUGGUGGAUCAGUGUCGAAGGGGCCCGAGGAUGAGGCUGAGAAGGCAGAGGAGGAGCUUGUACGGGAACGGAGGCUCACAAAGACUCCGAAGGGAAGGGUUCAAAAAAAUCUCGAGGACAAGGACGAAGAACUCACGGAUGACAGUGAUUUGGAUGACGAGCUGUGGAAGGGGAAGUGCGGAUUGUCGGAGGACUCGAGUGGCAGCGAAGAGGAUGACGACGAUGACUCCGCUUUCGAGCUACGACCGGAGUCGUCCGUCCCCGGCACGACGUACGUCGGAAGGAGGCCAACCAGACGACAACGCAGAGAAGAGCCACACCUAGCAGCGACAGAGCUCGGGGUAAGGGAAACUGCACUGUACAAUCCGCAAUCUGAUGUCGAGCUCGCACGACUAGACACGGAUGUCAAGACGUUGCUGGAAACGAGGGUGGACGAAGAUGAGGAGGAUGCGAACCGUGCCAAGGCUAUGGCUGACCGGGAGACCGAACUCGUCAACAAAUGUAUGAUGGAGGAGGAGGCCCGCCGUGCAGCUAUCCCGACCCGGAGAGAGAUCGAGAUAGGUCUCAAACAAGCCAGGGAGUACCCAUAAGGCCACGAAGUGGGGUAGACAAUCAAUCAGGCAUUGGAAG